ACAAAACCCUGGUCUUUCAUAUCCUACAGUUUUCAGCAUGUCCCAGAACAAAGGUCUGCAUUGGUAAUUAUAAAGGUUUCAUAAAUAGCUGUGAAAGAUGAACGUAGGAGAGAAAAGGAAACGAGUUUUCCUGUUGUGGCUGGGAAUGAAUAUGCACCUUUUCUUUUCGCAAUGUGGUUGUUCUGACAACAUGAUCUUAGAAAGUAGCAGAAAAAUCUUGAGGGGAAAUAUGAAUGGUACUCCAAAACCCAGUUCUGCAGUUAAGCUGAAUACAGAACAUCGUGGGAAAGUAGCGAUUGACAAUGGCAUAGUCCAGGUCACUCUGACAAGACCCGAGGGCAAUGUUGUGGGAAUAUCAUAUAAUGGAAUCGACAAUGUACUAGAAUCUCGUAAUGAUGAACAAGACAGAGGGUAUUUUGAUGUGGUUUGGAAUAAACCAGGAAAAAAAAGUAAUUAUCGUCAGAGAAUCGACGGGACAAAGUUUUCAAUUGUAGCAGCAGACAAAAAUCAAGUGGAGAUCUCGUUUAUGAGAACAUGGACAUCUUCCAUGGAAGGCAAAAGUGCCCCCAUCAACGUAGACCAAAGGUUUAUAUUGCGACGAGGCAGUUCCGGAUUUUACUGUUACAUUAUAUUCGAGCGACCAGAAGGAUUUCCAGCAGUGGAGGUUGAGCAAAUCAGGAUGGUUUACAAGCUUCAGGAAGACAGGUUCCACUACAUGGCCAUAUCAGACACUAGGCAGCGAUACAUGCCAACAAUGGAAGAUAGAAAAAGAGGGAAAGUCUUGGCUUAUCCUGAAGCAGUUCUCUUAACCAACCCGUCCAACGAAAUCUUUAAAGGAGAGGUGGACGAUAAAUACCAGUAUUCUUGUGAGAAUGAAGACAACAGAGUGCACGGUUGGAUUAGCAUGAAUUCUGAUGCAGCCAUGGGCUUUUGGAUGAUAACACCUAGUAACGAGUUUCGCAAUGGUGGGCCCGUCAAGCAAGAUCUUACCUCUCAUGUUGGCCCUUUUAUCCUCUCUAUGUUUAUGAGUAUGCACUUCGGUGGGAAGGAUUUAGCCAUGGAAUUUCGAGAAGGGGAGACCUAUAAGAAGGUUUUUGGCCCUGUUUUUGUCUAUCUUAACUCCAUUUCAAGCAACGUGAGUACACAAACGCUCUGGCGAGAUGCUGUACAACAAAUGUCUAAUGAAGUCCGAAGCUGGCCUUAUGAUUUCCCAAAAUCACAAGAUUACAUUCCACCCAUCAAACGUGGAAGCGUGGCUGGAAGAUUACUGGUUCAAGAUCAUUAUAUCGAAGGAGGCAGGUUUCAAAAUGCUAAGUCAGCCCAUGUUGGUUUGGCUUUGCCUGGUGUUGCAGGAUCAUGGCAAAGAGAAAGCAAGGGUUAUCAGUUCUGGACCAAAGCUGACAUGGAGGGCUAUUUUGUGAUAAAGAAUGUUAUACCAGGAAAGUAUAAUUUAUUUGCAUGGGUUCCUGGCUUCAUUGGUGAUUAUAAAUAUAAUGCAACAAUCACCAUCACACCAGGGUGUUCGAUCAAAUUGGGUUUUCUUGUAUAUAGUCCACCAAGAAAUGGUCUCACCGUUUGGGAAAUCGGUGUCCCCGAUCGCUCAGCAGCAGAAUUCUAUAUCCCUAACGCAAAUCAUGAAUUUCUCAACAAAUUAUACAAUAAUCGUUCCAGAGAAAAGUUUAGACAAUAUGGAUUGUGGGCACGUUAUGCUGAAUUAUAUCCAAAAAAUGAUCAAGUUUACACUGUUGGUGUUGACUCUCAUGACAAGGAUUGGUUCUUUGCUCAUGUUACCAGGGACAUGGGAAAUAAAAAGUAUCAACCAACUACAUGGCAGAUUAAAUUUGAACUUCUAAGACGCGAUCUAUUAGAAGGAAAUUACACCCUACGACUGGCCUUAGCAUCAGCCACUAUUUCCAAGUUGCAGGUUUGGUUGAAUGAGCAAGGUAAUAAGAAGCGUCCCCUAUUUGAAACUGGAAUGCUAAGAGGAGACAAUGCUAUAGCAAGGCAUGGAAUCCAUGGAUUGUAUUGGUUGUUCAGCAUUGAUGUUUCAAGCAAUAAUUUAGUCAGAGGGAACAACACUGUCUAUUUAAAACAGCCACUUGCUGUUAAUCCUUUCCAAGGACUUAUGUAUGACUAUAUACGUUUAGAGAGACCUCCCACUCUAAGAACUUGACUGUGUUCAUUCGGUAAUUAGAUGUGUAAUUAUCUAGUUUAUCUCUGUUAAUAAAUAAUUAGUUCUUUCAUUAA